AUGGUCGCCAGAGUUCGAUUGGUCAAACGACCAGGACGGAUUUGCCCGACGGAAGACCGGGCUGAGGUGAGAGGGGACCGAAAAAACAGAACGGCUGUGGUGACGAUAUCGGGGUUCGUUAAUGCGCGUUGGUUCUUCCGUCACCACGGGCGAUUUCUCAGCAAGGAUUACGUGAUCCGAUCUAGACCCGGGCAGGUGCCCACAUGCUCGAUAUAA